AUGAAUGGGGACCUCAGUCUAUCGAGGGCCCUCGGGGGACUACGAAUAGCCAAUCCAGAUGACGCCGAUGCCUCUCCAAGCGACCCUCAAGACGCCGACACCCCAUCAUCGACCGAACAGCAACCAGACCAUGACCAUAAGCGUCAGCAGCAGUAUCAACUUGAUGCUCAUACCCGUCUAGCGCCCCUCGACGACCCGACCACGCAGCCAUCCACGAGUCCGUUCGGGUCUACUCCCACGUCAGACAACUUACUGUCUCCUAUAUCCCACACACAAUCCUCCGAGGGGCCGUCACCCGCCUACGAUGGCUCACCAAGCCAUGCCGAACCCCGUCGAACGAGCCCCAGUGCGGCAAUGCGAGCAGACGUCUACAGACAGCCCGUCUCCCCAUACUCCGAACUCGACAGAGCUCCAGGGAACCGAUCUUCCGUAUCACCAACAGCGCGGCCUGUAUCCGCGCUAUAUAGCCAUCAGCCUGUGGCAACCGAGGAAGGACACCCGCUUCAUCAACCGCAAGCCCACAGCGACCGGUCGCGGCAUUCUGCCUACGGAUUGCUCGCACGGCAAGACUCGAACCACGCCCAGGGCUACCCAGGCAGCUCAACACCAACGAGGGAGCCGAGCUACAGGGCGCCAGCCAAUCCAGCUCGUCAAUCCCAGCUGCCUCCUGGCUCCGGAUCCUUGCCCCCACGGAGGAGCUCGAAAGGCAUGGGUGGUGGAUAUGUUUCGGCAACAGCAGCGCCAGUUGGCCCGCAAGAGCCUUAUGGCCCAGAGGCACCGCUACCAACCAGCAGCGAAGAGUGGAAGGACCGCGGUGCCGCUGUAGGCGUGCGCAGGGAAACAGAUUCGAACGGCAAGACAGUUAUCCGACAUGUCAAAAAGGGAGUUAGAGACUUCGCCUUUGGCCGCGUGCUCGGAGAGGGGUCGUACAGUACUGUUUAUCUAGCCACUGAUCGACAAACUCUCAAGGAGUACGCCAUCAAAGUCCUUGAGAAGAAGCACAUCAUCAAGGAGAAGAAGAUCAAGUACGUCAACAUUGAGAAGAACACCUUGAACCGCCUUACCGAGCACCCGGGAAUCGUACGCCUUUACUACACGUUCCAGGACGAAAUGUCUCUGUACUACGUUCUUGACCUUUGCAACGGCGGCGAACUGCUUGGGGUAUUGAAGAAGACUGGCUCCUUUGAUCUGGAGUGUACGAGGUUCUACAGCGCCCAAAUACUGGACGCCAUCGACUACAUGCAUUCCAGAGGAGUGAUCCACCGCGAUCUCAAGCCAGAGAAUGUCCUCUUGGACGACCACAUGCAUGUAAAGAUUACAGAUUUCGGCACGGCCAAGCUACUCAAAGACCCGAGAGAGGCGCAGAACGCCGGCGAAAGCGCGCGGGGAUUGCCAGAGAGUGCUCGCAGCGAGGCAGAAGACGACAAUCGGGCGGCUUCAUUCGUGGGUACCGCCGAGUAUGUCAGUCCCGAACUCCUGACCAGCAAGAACGCCUGCAAAGCGAGCGAUCUAUGGGCUUUUGGAUGCAUAGUAUACCAGCUAUUAGCAGGUCGUCCGCCUUUCAAGGCCGCAACAGAAUAUCUCACCUUUCAGAAGAUUGUCAACCUGGAGUACGACUUUCCUACCGGCUUUCCACCAGCAGCUCGUGAUUUAGUGGAGCGAUGCCUGGUUCUUGAUCCAACGCGUCGUCUCACUGUCGAGCACAUCAAGAACCACGAGUUCUUCGACGGACAGCCAUAUGGCAAAGGCCUAUGGAGGACCAAAGCCCCACGGCUUCGACCUUACAACCCUACGCCGCAGGAUCCGACUGUGAUUCAACUUAAUGGCGUGAGCAAUAGUCCGAACCCUCCUGCACCGCUCAGGAGCUCCCAGCCGCAAGGUUCGGCUCUGAAUGGCAGUGCUCGACCGGCCAGAAUCAUCACAGAGCUUCCUCCCCCAACCCAGCUGGAUAUUGAGUGGUCUCCAGUCUUAACGAAGAAUAACGAGAGGAUUCUCAAACUUGGCGACUUGAUGGUUGUCUCGAGCCCCCUGCCGAGUGGCCAAGGUAAAGGCGGCGAGCACGCCGAAGGACACAAGAAAUUAUCGAGGUUCUUUGGCGGAAGUACAACCAAGAAGAGGCAGAGGUUGGUGAUGGUAACGUCGAGCGGUCGCAUACUGCUGGCACCGGCCGGUGGAGAAGAGAAGCGUGCCAAGCAAGAGAUUUCACUACUUGCACCCGAAUGCACCUGGAGGACGCAGCUUGACGUGAAGGGGCAGACUGUAUGGUGUGUCGAUGCAGGCGGCGUCCACUACACAUUUGAGGAGCCCAAGGGGAGCUCUAGCCCUUCAGAGAACGGCACCACGGCCAGCGACUGGAUAGAGUCCCUGGAGAGAGCCAAGGAAUUGGCCUUGUCUCAAAAUCUCUCGGGCUCUUAUGCCGGCGACAACGGUUUCGAUAUGUCGUCCACAGUGUCGAGCCCGGCCAGCACUCUGGGUGGACGGGGCGUUUACCCUGACAGCUUCAGCGUUAGCGACCGGUCCGGUCGGAACCAUCUCAGCAAAAGCCAGGCCAGCCUAGACGAUGCAGCUUCGACUACCAAGCGAAACCGAUUCAGCAAAAGACAGUCCAAGAAUGGCCUCGGCCAACAAUUCUAA